AUGCAGGACUCUGCCUGCAUAGAACCGACAACCGCCGUGGCGACAUACAGCCCCGUGUGGCGGCUCCUGCUCAUCGGGCUCGUCUUCCACUUCCUUUGCACUGGCACCGUCUUCUACUGCUACCUCACGGAUCCAAUCGUCCAAGACAUGCAACAGCACUUGCUCAAGACUGUGGAGGCCAAGCGGCUCGUUCUCGUUGGAAGGGCUUGCGCGCGGACCUCCUUCUCGAGAAGCACGGAUUCCCCGUUGUUAAAGAUCGUCGCUCCUCACCCGAAGUUCACCAUCGAGGACCGCGGUGCAUGGGGCAUCUCGCAUACGCAUGUCCCCACGGAAAGCAGGCUAGGGCAUGUCGCACUCAUCGGCGGGAUAUACGAGGACGUGUUUGCCAUGAAGAAGGUCGGCUUCGACUCGGUAUUCAAUCAACCAGGCGCGACCUUUUCCUUCGGAUCUCCGGAACCUCUGCCAUGUACGCGCGCGGAGCAACUCCUAGGACCUAGAGAGGUGGAGACGUGGUGGUAUGACGAAGAGGACGAGGACUUUACGGAAGAUGCCACGUCUCUGGAGGUCUGGACUAUGGAGCACCCGGACGCCCUCCUCCCAACACAACCUCCCACGCCCGUUUGCAAGGCAAGCAGACGCUACAUUUGCCCCGGCUCGACACCACCGGUCACUCGUACCGCCCGCAUUCAAGACUUUUCCCUCGGACGUGGAGUAGCCUUCGUGUGGCUGGCGAUCGCUGCGGAAGGCUUGUUCUACGUCACGUUUUCGCUGACACUCACAACGUGGGUCGAAGUUAAGGCAGCGCUGCGUCAGACGGCGGCACAGAAGCCGCGGGCGGAGGACCUGCGCAUCGCGGUCUUCUUCCUGCUCUUCGUUCAGGUGGCCGCCUUUGGCGCAGGAAACGUUGCUCCGAUAUCAACCGUGUACUGUCUAGUCCCAGUCCUCGACCCAUUCCUCAUGGUCUUCAAGAUCGUUGCUCCCCGAAUCAUCCUCGCGAUCUGCUUCUCCAUCUCGAACGCGCGCCUCUCACCCUCACCGUUCAGUCUCUUCCUGGUCGCCCUCACCUGA